GCUACAUUUUACACCCACAGAGACAGAAAGAAAAGAAGUCUGUGACGCUUUCAACGUCAAAAUGUCUUGCAUGAACCACUUAGCUUAGAAGCUAGAAGCUCAGCUUUGCUUUUUGUUUUCGUUUAGUUUUGCGUUUCUUUCGUUUGGAAACCCGGGUUUUGUACUAAAUGGCGGCCAGAAGGUUAUCAUGAAGCUGCGGGUUCAGAAUGACAGGCGUGAUUCCAGAAGACCACUGAAACUGAGGGAGUCUCCUGCUGUAAUGCAGCCUAAUCCAAGUGAACGGGGUGUUCUUGCAGGAAAUGGUUUAUCCUUAAAUCUGCAACCAGAGCUUCUCACUGGGUCACCAGUUACUGCUACUGCUGCUGCUGCUGCUUCCAACGCCGACAGCAGCGAGGUCAGGGUAUCCAUGACCGGGGCGUCUGGAGACUCAAAUGGAGGCGCAUCGUCCAGGAGGUCCAGGGUCAACUCCCAUACGCACUCCCACUCCCACUCUCACGCUCACUCACACGGACACAGUCGGGCGCAGCUCCACUCUAACUCAGAGCCUGAGCUCGACCCACCCGACCCUGACGGGGACUCUGGCGAGCCCAGUGCCUCGCUGACCGAGCUUCGCUGCUUGUUCCGUUGGAUCCAAAAAAGUCUCCCCUUCCUCGUCAUACUGUGCGCUAAGCUGGUCAUACAGCAUGUUCUGGGUUUAGCAGUUGGGGUGGGCCUCCUGACAACUUUUUUAUAUGUGAAUAAAAACAUUCAAACUCAAGUCUUUCUUCAGGAUCGUCACUCGAAGCUGCACUGCGUAUGGCUGCUUGUCUUCCUCAUCUCCUCCACGCUCCUGCUGUACUACGCUUUUCUCUCAGAGACGCUUUACUUCUCCCUCGUCUUCUUAAGUCCAACCAUCGAGCCGCUGGGUUUCUGGGAGAUCCUUUGGGCAGUCGGGAUCACCAACUUCAUUAUAAAGUUCCUCUUUAUGGGAAUAAAGUGCCUUAUCCUGCUGGUUCCGUCAGCACUCGUUACUUACAGAACCCAGGGCCGGUGGCUGAUGCUGACUGAGGAACUGGGUCAAGUGCACCAAGCUACAGCGCCUGUUCCACUGUGGUUCCGCUACCUGGUUAGCUACCAGGAGUCUGACGGGGUCUCUGGGCUCACAACUGGGGUCCUGUUGGCUUUAUUCUACCUCGUACUGAAGCUUUUAGGGUUGUACAACCAGCGGACAUCUUUACUGAAAACUGUGAGGAUAUUUCUAGCAGGCGAGCAUACAGGCUCUGCAGCAACACGAGCUCAGUGCAGUGAGGCUGGAGACGUGUGUCCCAUCUGCCAAGGAGAAUACAGAGACCCUCGGGUUCUCAUCUGCCAGCACAUAUUCUGUGACAAGUGCAUCGCUCUGUGGUUUAACCGGGAGAAGAGCUGCCCGCUCUGCCGCACCGUCAUCACAGACAACGUGUACAAGUGGAGGGACGGAGCGACUUCUCCUCACCUGCAGAUUUAUUGAUUCACCAGGCACAGACCAACAAGUGUGUGCAUGUGGGACAGCGGUAUUCAUUUUUCCGUAAUCUGGCUUUUCUUUUUCCCUUUCGAACCUCACCAGCGUUUGUUGUACACACGUUAUUCGGUGGACGAGGCUUCCUGAAGGUGGCGUCGUUUUCUACCCGUUCAUCUCUUCUUCCAGAGAAAUCUGACGUGCGUCCUGAAGUAUUAUUUUUUUUUAUAUAUUUCCUUUCAGUUUCCUUUUGAGUAGUAGUCACUUUUUUUCACCUUUUAUGGCAAAAUAAACCUUCCAGGUGUCGGAUUUGAUUGUGCUGGAAUAGUUUAUGACACAGGAUAGUAAAAGAAUCACAUCAAGUAUUUAAAACUCUGAACAAAUACACUUUUUUUUUUUCAUCCAGCUCUGGUGAACUGAUAAAUGUAAAACAAGGCAAACCUCUGGGCAAAGAUCUUGGUGUGCUUUUUUCAUGUCUGAUUUAAACUUUGAGAUUGAUUUUCACAUAAAUUAUUUUUCUAUAGGGGUGACUUCACUGUCUUUUUGUAAAGACCAAAGAUUGGGCUCUAUUUUAUGUAUUAAAAUAACUUCCCUUUUAUUCAUCAAUUAUCUGAAUAAAGAUUUACAUUUGA